AGUAAUAUAGAAGCACAAAAUAUAACACAGGUCUCAGAAUUCCACCUCCUGGGGCUCUCAGACGAUCCAGAACUGCAGCCCAUUCUCUUUGGGCUCUUCCUGUCCAUGUACCUGGUCACAGUGCUUGGGAACCUGCUCAUCAUCCUGGCUGUAAUCUCUGACUCCCACCUCCACACCCCCAUGUACUUCUUCCUCUCCAACCUGGCCUUGGCUGACAUCUGUUUCAUUUCCACCACAAUCCCAAAGAUGAUUUUGGACAUCCAAACUAACAGUAGAGUCAUUUCCUAUGCAGGUUGCCUAACACAGAUGUCUCUUUUUGCCAUUUUUGGAUGUAUGGAUGACAUGCUCCUAACUGUGAUGUCCUAUGACCGGUUUUUGGCCAUCUGUCACCCCUUGCAUUAUUCGACCAUCAUGAACCCUCACCUCUGUGUCCUUUUAGUUUUGAUGUGUUUUUUGUUUGGCAUUUUGGAUUCCCAGGUGCAUAGUUUGAUUGUCUUACAAUUUACCUAUUUCAAAGAUGUGAAAAUUGCUAAUUUCUUCUGUCACCCUUCUCAAGUUGUUCAUCUUGGCUUUUCUGACACUUCAACCAAUAACAUAAUCAUUUGUCUUCUUGGUUCCAUAUUUGGUGUUGUUCCUAUGUCAGGGAUCAUUUACUCAUACUAUAAAAUCAUUGCCUCCAUUCUGAGAAUCCCCUCCUCUGGUGGGAGGUAUAAAGCCUUCUCCACUUGUAGCUCACAUCUGUCAGUUGUUUGCUUAUUUUUUGGAACAGGCAUUGGUGUAUACUUUUUUGCAGAUAUUAUCUUCCCCCAGAAAGGUACAAUAGCCUCAGUGAUGUACACGGUAGUCACUCCUAUGCUGAAUCCCUUCAUCUACAGUCUGAGGAACAGGAACAUGAAAGGUGCCUUGAGGAGGAUCCAAAGUAGAAUAGUAAUCUCAGGACUGUACUAUUCACUUGUAAUGCAUGCUGGAACUCACAUCAGCAUUAAACAUCUAGACUUGUAA